UCCAGAUCCCCUAAGCGUUGGCUGCGUCGUUCUAUAUAAUCGCGAACAGACUUUGCUUCAAGGAUUCUGCCUUGCUAAGCACUGGGCUCCCUCUCCCACACACACCCAGCUUUUCGAAGUCGUGAUAGUCGCGCGUCCGGGCCAUCACGUAACACUAUUUGCAAAAGAGCUGGGGAGACAGAUCUACGUGCGCCCGCACAUGCUGGGAAGAUGCCCCUCCAGCAGGGUGAAGUGUCGCUUUUGACGCUCUAUGCUGAUGUACAUACGUAUUUUGCCCCGCCUACUUCUAAACCGGCUCACCACCGCUUCGACCGGAGAUCGUACCUGUAUCUCUUCCACGAUGCGCUAAACAAACGUGGCCGCCUCGAGAUCGCAAAUAAUGCGGGAACGGCGGAUCAGGAUGCCUUCAAUGGGUACCUCGACAUGUCCCGUGUGGAGUACUCGUACAAACAACCAAACCUCUUCACAAUCACGGUGUCAACCCACACACAAGGAACCCCUCAAAACGACCUCUCGCAAUGGCAUCUACCCGCCUUCGACCUACGGAACGAGAACAAAUACAUGUACAAGAUUCACAGUUUGGACAUAUACUUGUGGACCGCGGAGGACGCUUCACUGCUAGUAGACUCACUCAAACGAGUUCUUCAGCCUGGCCAGCUUGUUCUCUCGGACGUGCCCCCGAGUGCCACACACUCCGAACACAGGAAUAGCAUGAGCCCGGUGGUCCAGCAGCUGGAACAGGCAGCCAUAUCGACACAACCGCAGCGGACGGCCAGUGUGAGCACCACACAGAGUUUCCCGUCUCAAGCUCCACACACGAACGGCGUCAGCGCCGCGCCUGUUCACCCAUCCCAAUCGCCGCCCGCGACCAACUUCACGCCCAUGGGCUAUAAUCCGGCCGCACCUGCGGCUCCAGAGACCAGAGUCCACAGAGAGAAGACUCCACCUCCUCCAGACGCGGAGUCGGGUACCGGUCUCGCAGCAGCACAACACGAUAACCCAGUCCCCUCAUUUGCCGGUCCACCGCAGGGUGGUUUCGCACCCCAGCCUACGUCGUACAUGGGGGGUGCGCCCUCCAUGAGCUCUCCUCACCCGGGUCUCCAUAGAGCCAGCACCAUGAGCUCGAUCGCACCGCAAUCACCACCGCCUUACCAGCAGACCUUUGCUGGUCCCCCGCUGGCUGCAUCGACCCUGCAGGACAAUAAAGCCAUGUACACCCAGGAACCCCCCACCCCAGGCAUCCAACGGCAGCACACUUAUCCCUAUCAGCCAGCCGCCACUCAACAGCCCGUUCAGCAAUAUGCUUCAUACCCAUCCACUUCCGCGCCCAAUGGACCUGCCUCUCCUGGUUUCGCAUCCCUCCAAUCUCCCGGCUUCGGCAUUCCUCCAAGCAGCGCUCAGUCCCAAAUGUACAACACGGGCGAGCAGACACAGACUAUGCAAAGCGCGAGCACCACAUUCAACCCCACAAGCAUCCACCACCCCAUGCAUCAGCAGCUGUAUAUUCCAGAGGGAAGCAGCACACCCGCACAAGCUGGGCCGGGAGCGCAGGGCGGCGGGAUUGUGGACCCCAGCAAGCUGGAUCACAAGUUCGAACAGAUUGAGAAGAGUGUGACCAGAUUCCUGAAAAGGCUGGACAAGAAGCUAUAAUUUUGAGACCACAGAGGUCAUUUUGGCACUAUUUCUUGUACAAUGAUGAGAGUCCAAAGAAACGUGCUACGGAUAUCCCUAUUCGUAUUUGUGCGUGAAGGGGGGAGAGGCGGGGGGCUUUUUCAGUUGACGACACAGCGUAUUUUGUGAGCGAGCGAAUUUAUGCGCUUGACACAGGAUUUAAUCUUCAUUGGGGAAGUUGCAUAUCAAUUUUACAUCAUGAAGAGGUCAAAAAGGUGCUAUAAAGUCCUAAGUCUAGCCUUGGAGCGUUGCUAGACCUUCAUAUUUUGGUUUGGUAUGGUUUUUGAGAUCAUUUUUCGCGCACUCAAACACAGGGAUUCACAGAGUUUUUGCCCUUGAGGUCGCACAUGAUGUUGUCAAUGGGAAUAAAGGGUUGUUUCGCGGUUCCGUACGUCACCUGGCCUCCUUAUAAAACAGCACACAUCGAACGAGAGGAUCGAGUUGGUCAUUCGCAUGCCCUAUCUUCCGGGCGGCCUGUCAUUAUUCUUCGCUUCGAAUCAUUGUCCUCCUCAUGUCGCAUAAUGAUACUUGAGACACGGAUUUAUCCCUUUUGAUGUAGAUUUCUGUGGUCGACCGAAACUGCGGCUCAAGCGACGAUGAGCAACCUUUAACUUACCCAGGAAAGUCGACCAAUAGGAUUCUACCUGGC